UGCGAGGCUGGCUACAAUGGAAGUUUACCACAAAUGUUCCACAUGGAGAUUUACAACUCUUUAGUUGAACACAUGGUAGAUAACAUCACAAAGCUGGACAAGCCGACUUUUCUAAUAAGAAAUUUGUCUCCAGGCACAUCCUAUGUUCUCGUGAUAUACGCAUCAAAUGUCAAAGGUCGGAGUAAUUCAGUGGCCUUAGUAACAUCUACUCCUUUUCCUGCAGAAAAAAGAACAGCUCAACACGAUCAAAUGCAACUAAGUCCUGUUCUUGUUAUUUUAAUUGGUGUAAUAGCGUUAUUCGUCAUCUCAGCUGUUGUUAUUGUGAUCAUAAUUCGGAGCCAUAUUCCCAAAGAAAAUGCCAGUAAAGACGCAGUUGCUUCUGAAUGCACAAAUGACUGUGAUAGAGAGAAAAAAGAUUUGGAAGAGAGCCAAGAAAGUGCAAGUGAAAAGGGUCCCGAUAUUAUCCCUGAAUCUAAAGAGUCGGAAGUUUUCUUUACGGGAAGAGUCACAGAUUCUCCUGCCACAGAAUACGUCCAUCAAAAAUAUCUAGAUACGGCAUUAUAGUGAUUUCUAACACUCCAAAUUAUUGAACUAGGAAAGUAUGAAAUUGGAAUGUUGCCGAAUUGGAACUGGAUACAAUGAUACAUUUUGGACAUGCACCACAAGUACAAUCCUUCAACGAAAUUCUCUAUGCAAUGAUGUAUGGAAAUUCAUUUUAAAAAACAAGAAGCAUAAAGAGACGAAAUCGGUAACUUGAACAGUUACUAUGCAAUUAAAGUAAUGGAAUAUCUUUGAAACUGCUGACCCAACCGAAGUAACAUAAAUCUUCAAAGGAGUAAAUUCAUCAGAAUUCAUCAUUUACAUAAUGGAUCCAAACGAAUAUGGAACCUUUAUCCCUGUAACUGAUGUUUUCCAGUUUAUAUCUUACUUUGACCAGAUACGAGAAAAUGGAUAUCGGAACUGGAUGUGUGUUUCUAUGUAUACAUUCUUUCAAAGAAAGUACUAUGAAUGGAGUGCAACGAUUUUAUACGUUACGCUAAAAUUUUUAAUAGUUGAUAUAUGCUUGGUGAAACCUUUUGAGAUGAACAGAACUAAUUAAAGAAUGCAAAGAUGAAUAAUUGAGAGAGAGUAAAACAAAACAUUGUCAACUAAUGAUACUUUACUAAAGACAAAGCAUAGUAAGUAACAGAAAAAAUAACUUCCCCUUCUUUAUCGUAACUAAAUUAUUAUAAGAAAUUCAAAACGUAUGACUAUUUGACAUAUUCUUCAAAAACUUUCAUUUAAAUAACACGCUUUACGCGUUACCUAUUAAUGUUUUGUCUCUUCAAAUCAUGCGAAAAACUGUCCUGGAGCUAAAGGGACAUUUAUAUAUUAUUGAUGGAACGUAUCAUUAAUACAGUGCAUGGAAUAUUUGGAGCAAAAAGUAAUUUACUCUGUUAUGACUCAAUUAAUGUUUUUAUGAAUCAAUUUACAAAUGUCUGUUAAUAAUAUACGAUGUAAAUAAUUAUAUAUAUAUACAUUUUUAAUAAAAAUGUUUACAUUUUG